AGCAACAUGGCGGGAGUUGGCGAUAGAAAUCGAUCUCUGAAGGAAGUCGUUUUAGAAAGUCUAACUGCUAUUUUGUCGCCUCAGCAUGAUACAAGAACCGACGGGGAAAAUCAGAUUAAGGCAUUAGAAGUGACAGAGGAGUUUGGUGUAUUCUUGGCUGAGAUCACUGUUGAUGGCAGUGGGCCUCUAGCGAUUAGACAGCUGGCUUCAGUACUGCUCAAACAAUAUGUUGAAGCCCACUGGUCGCAGCACUCGGACAAGUUCCGAGAGCCUGAAACCACAGAACCGGCAAAGCAGAAAAUCCGCGAGCUGCUGCCCCUGGGCCUACAGGAGUCCAUAAGUAAAGUGAGGACCAGUAUUGCCUAUGCUAUAUCUGCCAUAGCUCACUGGGACUGGCCAGAAGCAUGGCCACAGCUGUUUCAGGUCCUCAUGCAAGCCCUGACCAGUGGAGACACCAACGCUGUCCACGGUGCAAUGAGAGUUCUCACAGGUACAGAUCCACAGAGUGGUCUUGUUACGCCUGUGUUUUUAGUUCUGCUUUAUAAAUUUCAGAAAUUUGGCAUCAGAACACGAAACACACGGGCUGUUCAUAUCUUCAAUAUUUGUGCUGGCAUGAUAGCAGCUAUGAAUGAACUUCAGAAGGGUGUUGCUAAGCAACUGCUGUUCCCCAUCCUGCCUCAGUUUGUGCAGGCACUGGUGAUGGCCUUGAGGACACCCGAUGGGGAGACAUCAGAUAGUGGACUCAAGAUGGAGAUUGUGAAGAGCAUCACGACAUUAGUGAAGAAGUUUCCCAAGACGAUGCUGCAAUGGAUUCAAGAGGUGUUGCCGACAGUGUGGGGACAUCUUCACUCUAAUGCUAGCAUCUAUGUGAGAACAGUUGUCAACAAUCAGGAGGAGGCAGAGGAUCCAGUAGAUUAGGAUGGUGACAUCUUGGGGUUUGAGAACCUGGUAUACAGUGUGUUUGAGUUUGUUCAUGCUCUCAUUGAUUCCUCCAAAUUCCGCAACACCGUGAAGAAGACCAUUGACCAGAUUCUGUACUACGUGAUAAUCUACAUGCAGAUGACACAGGACCAGAUCCGACUGUGGAGCAGCAAUCCAGACCAGUUCGUGGAGGACGAGGAUGACGACAGUUUCUCCUACUCUGUGAGGAUCUCUGCCCAGGACCUACUGCUGUCCCUGUCAAGUGAGUUUCAGGCAGACAGUGGUCCAGCUCUGUGUAAUGCAGUCGGGAAACUCAUGCAGGAAGCUGACGAUGUGAAAAAUUCUGGGAAUCCCAUGUGGUGGAAGACCCACGAGUCGAGUAUGAUGGCCCUGGGCAGUGUCAAGGCGUUAGUGCUGGAGUCUAUUCAGUCUGGGAAAGUACAGUUUGACAUCAUAGGCUUCCUGCAGUCUGUUGUAUUGGAGGAUCUCAGUCAGUCUGCAUCUCCAUUCCUGGUUGGUCGGUGUCUAUGGAUGGGAAGCAGGUAUGCUGAAGCCAUGCCACAGGAACUCUUACAGAGGUUUCUGCAGGCUACAGUUGGAGGCCUGAACAUCUCUCAGCCUCCCAGCAUCAGAAUCUCAGCCAUCAGAGCUGUGUUUGGAUUCUGUGACCAUCUCAAGACAUCAAACAACACACAGCUCCUUGUGCCAUAUCUGCCAAAUAUUGUGUCAGAAUUAGUUACCAUAGCUACACAGUUUUCUGCUGAAGUCCUUGGUCUCUGCCUAGAAACGUUGACAGUUGUUGUUGCGGUUGACAAAGCUUUCACAGCAGCCCAGGAGAGCAAGUUGUCUCCCCUUGCCAUUGCUACAUUCCUCAAGUUCUCUGGCGAUCCAUUCAUAGUGUCUCUGGUACAGGACAUGAUCAAAGAGUUAGCAGAAAAUCCAGGAUGUUCCGCAGCUCUGGAGCAGCGCCUGGUGCCCACGCUUAUCAGCAUCCUCCGCAGUUCCACUGACACCGUGAUGCCUGGACUAACCGCAGUGUCGCUGGACAUGCUGACCACACUGGUACGAGGAAGCCAGACACCAUUGUCCAGUGUGUUGAUGACGGCAUUCCCGGCUGCUGUGGAGUGCACCCUCAAGACUGAUGACAACGCAUCCAUGCAGAGUGGUGGCGAGUGUCUUCGUGCUUUCUCGUCAAAAGCGCUGGACCAGGUGACAGCAUGGCAAGAUGAGCAGGGUAAAAAUGGCUUGUACUAUAUUGUACAAGUGAUUUCGAAACUUCUGGACCCGAAGACGUCUGAGCACACAGCCGCCUUUGUUGGCCGCCUUGUCUCUGUGGUGAUCAGCAAGGUUGGGACGCAGCUGGGAGAGAACCUCGAUCUGAUGUUGAGGGCAGUCCUCAGCAAGAUGCAGCAGGCAGAAACUCUCAGUGUCAUGCAGAGUCUGGUCAUGGUUUUCGCUCACCUGAUCCACACACAGAUGGAGGCGGUCCUCGACUUUCUGACCAGUGUCCCAAGUCCUACUGGCCGACCAGCACUUGAGUUUGUCAUGUCUGAGUGGUGCUCCAGACAGCAUCUGUUCUAUGGCAGCUAUGAAAGGAAAGUCAGCUCCGUGGCGCUGUGUAAACUGCUGCAACAUGCUGUGUCAAGCAACGAUCCUCGCUUGCAGAACAUCACCGUCCGGGGAGAGCAGAUCGUGCAGCAGAAUGGAGGUGUGAGAACACGCUCCAAGAGUGCGUCAGACCCAGAAGAAUGGACUACAGUGCCUCUGCUGGUCAAGAUCUACAAGCUGCUCAUCAAUGAGUUGUCCAACCAGAUAGAGUCCAGUCUGUCUGCACAGGUUGGAGAGGAUGAGGGAGAAGGAUGGGAGGAAGAGGAGGAAGAUGACCUGGAUGAUGACAUCGCUAUCGGUGGACAGAGUUUGUCUGAGCUUAUAGACCAGUAUGCUGGCGAGUAUGGAGGUCUUGAUCUUGAUGACGAAGAGGACGACGAUCCAGAUGCUCAAGCAGAUCCCACCAACCAGAUCAACCUGCAGAGUUACCUGACCGAGUACCUGAAGGUGUUUGCCAGCUCACAGUGCUACUCGCUCUUCAGCUCACACCACAACGAGUCUGAGAAGCAAGUCCUACGUUCCAUCAGAAUCAGUGUGUGACCUUCUUUAUAGGCAGUUCAAGUGCACUGGAUGAUGGAAACUGUGAACUUUGGUGUGGUUGUGCAAUAUGGCGCCAUGAAUGUUGACAUUUCUCCAGAUUGAAUUGUGGCAAACCUUUCAGUACACAGUCAGCCAGAUGCUGGUGCUGCUACUAGUUGAUGGACUGAACAGAUCUGUGAUUUCUACUGAUAUUUAAUUUCAGACUUAACAGUUUUAUUAUUUGAAGUAAAUGAAAUUAGUUUU